CAGGGAGAGAGAGAGGAGAGGAGAGACUGUGGGAGCUGGUUGGAGCUGUGGGACGAAUAGGUCUGUCUUUAUCUUUGGCGCGCGACCCGAGAGACUGCUGUUGGAUCUCCCCCCGUCGUCCGUGUCGUAGAAGCGUGCACACGCAGGAGGCACCUCUUUGGCGUCUCCUCGACUUCCUGGAUUAUUUUCACCCACUAUCAACAUCCCCCAGUAUCCCCAAUCAGCCAGCAAUCCAUCGCCAUACCCGUUGAGGAUAAAUAUCAUAGAGACUGGUGUUGAGUUUUUCAUCAACCCCGUAUCGAAAAAUCGGGGUUACGGUUUUUAUUGGUUAUGGGACGUUGAGGGAGAUCCCGAAGUGCUCAACUCAGCUUCGUGUCCAUGUGUAAUUGUAUGUGUGUGGAAUUCGCAGCGCCAUUUUGAAAAAUUCUGCCUAUUAUUUCCGUCCGUGGAGAAGUUGUCCGAAGGGGUAAAUCGAACAGCAGCAGUGGACCCAUGGAAGGCACGUUGGAAGAUCCACUGGUCGAGGAGCCAUCUCACGAUAAUCCUGAUAAUGUGAAAGAUGCAGUCAUAUCGAAUGGCGUCAACGGUGACUGCACUGCUGAAAUGGAGCAGUUUGAGGAUGAUCAUGAGGAUAAGACAACUGAGGGAAUGGAGAUUGACGAGCCCCAGGAAUCCCAGCAGUCUCAUCGGUCCCUAGAGCCCGAUGAGCUCCUCGAUGGUGGCACUAACCACGAGGAUGACGAAGAGAUUGAUGCACCAGACAAUGGCAGCUUGGUGGAGGUCACUGAGACCCACGAAAAUGAUGUACAAAGUACAGAGGAUGUGAGUGGUGGGAAUAAUAUUAGUGAAGUGAAAGACACUGACAAAACUAAGAUUAAUUCUUGUGAUGAAUCAAUGGAUGUUGAUCGUCAGAGCAAUACAUCGGACAUUGAGUGUCUUGAUGAGGGAACGGGGAAUAGUAACGUUAAGACUAUUAAUCUUCAUGAGCUCGACGAUGUCAGCGAGAUUAUCGAUGAGUCAAAGAUUGACGAGGACGAUCCACUUAAUGAGAGUGUUGAGACAAUAUCGAGUGUUGAUAAUUCGGAUUUGAAGAUUGUGGAGGAGAAUGGCAGUGUUGGGAGUAUCGGUAGUCCUGAUAUCGAGGAGAUCACUGAGAGCAAGAGCAAUGGGCACAAUGCGAGUGGUGAGCGUUCUCCCAAUGCUCCUAAAAAGAAACAGAGAUCGAAGAUUGAUUUGAGUAGUAUAACACCAAGGAGAAGUUCCAGAAAUAUCAAACGAACUAGUUACAUUGAGAAGGAGCCUGAAGAUCCUGAGGACGAUGGCUCAGACAUUGAGGAGAUCAAACCCGAGGAUCCUCUUGCUUGUGUUGUUGAUGGCAAGGACAAGGAGAAUACCAAACUCAAGUCACCAUUGAAAACCAGCAAAACGACGAUUGUCGUUAAUGACACUAAACGUCUAGUUGAGAUUGCUGCUGGUAGCAAGUGCAUGAAGGGUGGCAAAAAGGAGCCGACCCUUGUGAUUAUCGAUACUAAUUCUAUUCUUUCUGGACGUGGGGGUGUGCCAGUUAGCAGUAGCAAAUCACAUUCAGUGUCGAGUUCGAGUGCUUUCUCAGUUAUGCCUGUCAAUCUCACUGGCACCACAACCAUGUAUCCUAAUAUGAGAACAACAAUAACACCGGUACCCAUGACCUCCAAGUCAACACCACAAUUGAGUCCCAAAUUGGGAAGUAGUAUAACAGCAGUGCCAACCCCACCACCACCAGCACCACAAAUCCUGCCAACUCUCACUGACGAUAUGUUUGUCGUUGAGGCACCAUCAUUUAUUGUUCCCUACGUCUAUGAGAAACCACCGCUAAAACCUCUCAAAGAAUUUGUCACGAAAUUAGAGAAGUGCAUCAAACAGAGGGAUCAGGAGGACCGUGAGAGAGAGGAGAGAGAGAAACUUAAUAAGGAUAAGGAUAAGGAUGAUUCGUCUGAGCAGAAUGACAGCGAUAAUGAUGAUGAUAUGUUGGGAAAGAAGGAGGGGGAUCCUGAUUUUGAGAUAACUCCGAAAUUUCCGGAGGACAGGGACAAAGCUGAGGAUAGAAAUAAAGUACAAACGUACUUUGAUCUACCGUUAGGGAAAUUUUUCAUGCAGAUUGGGGUCAAUCUUGUUCAGGAAUUCGUACAAACUGAUUUAUUACGACAGCAGAAGCAUAAGCAGAGAAAGGGAGGACAGGCAUCAGCUGAGACACAAAUAGCCAUUAAUUCAUUGAUUAAAAAUUUAGAGUUUAGUAAAGAGAAUAAUGAACCAUUCCACUUAGAAAUGAAGAAGUGUGAAUUUUGUAGCUUUAAAACGGAAUCCUCACUCGUUAUGCAGCAUCAUCUGGAGACACCGCAUAUGCGCAAUUACGUUUACAAGUGUAAUUUUUGUCCAUUGGAGGUGCGCAGCCCUCAUGAUAUACUUUUUCAUAUGGAGGCUGAGCAUAAUACGCGUGGGAGGCUUGAGAGGGGUCCUGCUUUUCAUCAGUGUCCCAAUUGUCCGUUUGAGGACAAUCAGAAGGGCAAGUUAACGAGGCAUAUUCUUACUUGCGCCAAGAAAUUUAGGCCUGAAAGAAAUCUCGAGCCUUCUGGAGACUGGGAGCCACCGGCUAAAAUACCCAGGCUCAAUCGUCCACGGCCUGUUGGACCUCUCAAUACUAAUGCCAUUGCUAUGGCUAUGGGGGCCAAGGGGCCUCAGCCUCUUUUACCCAAAUUGCUGCCAGCCCCAAUGGCUGGACGCGGACGAGGGAGACCGCCUAUGCAGCCUAGGUACACCGAUCUAAAGUCCCUCAGACCUGGUGGCACAUCUGUUCGGCAAGAUAGUGUUGGCGGAAUGAUGUAUCGCCCCACGUCGUCAGGACUCCUAGUGCCAACAUCCUAUCAAUUUGGCAGUAACCAAAUAUUCCAGAAUACAUCAAUAACGGCGUCGAAGAACCCAGCGGCGAAGUUGUUGAGUCAACCAAGUAUAUCGAUAACCCCAUUACCACGUACCACGACUCAAGCGCCAAUCUCUGGGUCAGGUUCGUCCUCGAAGCCCGGGGGUAAAAAUACCUUUGUCAUAUGUGAAAUAUGUGACGGAUAUAUUAAGGACUUGGAGCAACUCCGCAAUCACAUGCAGUGGAUCCACAAAGUCAAGAUACAUCCAAAGAUGAUCUAUAACAGACCCCCUCUGAACUGCCAGAAGUGUCAGUUCCGAUUCUUCACGGAUCAAGGAUUGGAGAGACAUUUAUUGGGAUCUCAUGGACUUGUCACGUCCAGUAUGCAGGAGGCUGCGAACAAAGGGAAGGAUGCUGGCCGUUGUCCAGCAUGUGGCAGGGUAUAUCAGUGGAAAUUACUGAACCACGUGGCGCGCGAUCACGGAAUGACGCUAAAGCCCGCCCAUCUCUCCUACAAAUGUACAGUAUGCACUGCCACAUUCGGAAUGUACAAGCAAUUCGAGAAUCACGUAUACUCAGCCCACAGUGUAGUGGCUAAACGUGUAAUGGACAAAAAGAGUACCCCAUCAUCGCCCUCAUCGAGAUCAAACGAUUCGCUACUGAAACCACUGAAAAUAAACGACGAAAUAACGAUUAUCCCCCAGCCAGCAAAACCAACAACUAGAUCGGGCAACACACAAGGCAGAAGCAAAUAGCAAACGUCCGACGAGUGAUACGUGUAUCUAUUCUCAAUGAAUCUUCGUGAAUAUACCUAAUCGGGUACACAAUCAACCGAUGAAAUAUCGUGAGGGUAAUGUAGUUUGGCCGAUCAACUGAUUCGUCAAAUUGUCUACUCUACCACGAGAACACGAGUAACAACGAGUGUAUGCAUUAUUUAAUGUCCAUCGUACACUCCACCGAAACUUCAAUUCUCCUAGAACCAUAGAUUAUUAACAAAACUAAAACGAUACUUGACGAAACACAAAUUGAACAGAUACACAACUCGAUGAAAAAUAAAUAAAUAACACACUAGUUGACUGCGUAAUAAUAUUCCAUCGAUGAUUAUACCGAUAUAUUUAUUUAAGAAUUUUUAUUGUUGUUAUCGGACUUACAUUAAUGAGAAAAAAAUAAUAGACUGUAAAAAAUAAUGAAUAUUAAUGAAAAAUGGGUGGCCUUCAGUAUGACUCCUUUGGUUGAUCCUGAAGACUCGUAUUCCCGACGUGAAAAAAAAAGUAAUGAAACACUUAUUAAAUGUAUGAAGUAAUGAGAAACAUCGCCUACACCGAUUAGUCGUAUAAAUUUCAUGGUAAAGAUGUUGAAAAAGACAUUAAGUUGUGUGUUUGGGUUUGGAAUUUCUCACUGUGUGAAAUUACUCGUGCGAUUUAAUGAAAGAUGAGAAAUAAACGAUUGGGAAGUAGUGUUUAUAUAUCUAUUUUAUAAAGUAUCCAAGGAGGUUUAAAUGUGCGACUUCAUCAUUGUUUCUGUCCUUAAAUUCUUCUUUCGGCGUUGGAAACGCCGGUUCGAUAAUAUAUUCAGAUUUAUUCAUUUUUUUACACACACAGGGCUCUAGCAGCACGCUAUUAAUUUUUUUUAUUCAAACGAAAAUUUAUGAAUGAUUUGAA